GGGAGGCGGGACUUCCGGCAGCGCGUUUGGACAUAAAGUGACAGACUUCGCCUCCUUAAAAUUGGAAGAAAAACCGAAGAACGACGUGGUUACAAGUCAUAGAACAAUUGUGAUGGUUUUCAGACAUGGACGACAUAAACCUUCAUUAUCGUUUUCUGAACUGGAGGAGAAGAAUUCGAGAAAUUCGUGAGGUACGAGCGGUGCGUUACCGGGAGCGACUAAAGAGGAUGCUGAGGGAUGGAGAUGUACUUAGGUAUCAUGGGAAUUCGGAUGAAGUUGGCUGUUUUGUGGCGGCCAGGCCGUUGUCAAAAAGGAACCGCUAUUUUGAAGUGACUAUCAUCGAUACAGGAGUGCGGGGAAUGAUUGCUGUUGGUUUGGUUCCUCAGUUCUACAAGCUGGACCAUCAGCCAGGCUGGCUCCCACAUUCUGUGGCUUUUCAUGCCGAUGAUGGCAAGCUCUAUAACGGCAACACUGUAGGCCAGCAGUUUGGUACAAAAUGCUGCAGAGGUGACAGAAUCGGUUGUGGAAUAUCCCUGGACUCUGACGAAGGACAGUUGACAGUGUUUUUUACCAAGAAUGGUAAUGAAGUUGGCAGUGUGGAGAUCCCAGCAUCUCCCGAGGCUCUGUACCCGGCAGUAGGCAUGCACUCGUUGGGUGAAGAAGUGCUUCUGGACCUGAAUGCUGAAUGGGGCAUGGAGGAGGACGACGGAGAGAUGAUAGUUGACAGUCAUGAAGAGGACUGGGCUCGUCUGCAUGACGUCAAAGUGACUGGCACUCUGCUGAAGUAUGUGGGGAAAGGGAAGAGCAUCGUGGACGUGGGCUUGGCUCAGGCCCGUCGACCUCUCAACACGCGCUUCCACUACUUUGAGCUGGAGAUCACAGAUGCUGGGGAGAAGUGUUAUAUCGCCCUGGGGCUGGCACGCAGGGACUACCCAAAAAACAGGCAUCCAGGUUGGAGCAGAGGAUCCAUAGCUUAUCACGCAGAUGAUGGGAAGUUGUUCCACGGCAGUGGGGUUGGAGAUCCGUUCGGGCCACGCUGCUUUGAAGGGGACAUUAUGGGCUGUGGGAUCAUGUUUCCACGUGACUUUAACCUGGAUGGUGGAGAUGACGUGGACGACUGGGACAUUGAUGUGAUUCCUAAGCCCAGCGAGGUCCAGAAUGACUUAUAUGCAAACAAUGAAGAAGAGGAGGAGGAGGAGGAAAAAGAUUUUGAUGGGAGGAAGGUCAUGGUAUUUUUCACACGAAAUGGAAAGGUGGUGGGAAGGAGGGAGGUGGCCUUACCAGUAACAGGUUUCUAUCCCACUAUUGGUAUGAUGAGCACUGGGGAGAAGGUCAGGGUGGAUCUACACCCCCUCAGUGGCUGAGGAGUGAAAUCAGAGCUUUUCGGAAGUAAUUGAGCCCUGGUACAUUUUGGAGAUUGGACAGUUAAGUAAAUUACACCUCCAAAUGAACAAGCUCCAAAAUGGGAACGGAGGAUGGCUUCUUGAAGGUGUAAGAAUCACUUAACAUGCUGGCAAAAUGUUUUAUUAAGACUGAUCAGAAUAAUAUUACAUUUGUGCGUAAAAAUGCUUUAUUAUGGAGUUAUUUUAUACUGUUAGAAACUGUUGAACCGAUCACGUUUUUUUAAUGGCAAAAUACUGUUUUUGACUAUUUAAUUUCACAGUGUGAAGUUAGCUAAAAUGCCAAAAAGGUUCUUACUAGAAAAAUGAAUGUAAAAGUCAAAAUAUAGCAGACCUCAGCCAACAAAUUUACCUUAUCCUUUAUCAGCAAUAAUACAAAUAAAGAAAUGUGCAGUGCCACUCACAGUCUGCAGCUGUGCUGCGCUCCAGACUCUCGCUAACGGCGUAUUACUGACACUCAGUGGUGAGGGGGGCUUAGUUGGGUUUCCAAAGAAACGGCAGCACAUUGAAUGAACAGCGAGGUCAAUAAAACAGACAGUUGUACUGCUGGUUCAGUGAGAGUGGGUGUUGCUCUGACGUGUUGUUAUUGCACUGAAUUUAUCAGUCAUAUUCUGUGGAAACGGUGCAGGCUGCACGACCAGACACGUGGAGUAAAGUGUAGCAGCAGUUUAAAAAGUUCAAAUUCAAAUCAAAUUCUUGCCACUUUUGAGAUGCAACACUAACCAUUUAACCAACAGUGAAGUUCCUCAAAUGCAACCCACCAAAUAAAUCACGUCAGAGGAACCCCAAAAAUAUUUCAACCCAGCUAUGGUGACAGUGCGAGUCUGCGUUUUUUACUCUCCUGAUGUUGCUUUGAAUGUGUGUUUUUGUUAGUUUUUUUUUUUCCUUUUCAGAAUUUUUUUUCUAAGAAUAAGUACAUGCUCUUUGUUCUUACAGCUUACUGUUUACCCUACGCGUGCAGGAAAAACAAGAAAAUUACUGAUGACUGUAUUUAAACUAAUGAAGGAAAUGCCAACCUCAUUACAACUCUGUGAAACUGAGAUUUACAGGCGUGAGGAAGUCUUGAGGAAUGUCACUAAAGGUGGUAAAAGAGAAAUUCUCAGUUGUUAAAUCCUGUUAGGAAAUGAAAUAAGGGCUAAACUUUGUGUAGCAAUGAUUUUCUUUUUUUUUUUUUUUCUUUUACUACUUCAGAAUCUGAAUAUCUGGAUGAAAAAAUGAAUAUUGAAAUGAAAGCCAUACUGUAAUGAUAACUUGUUCUCAGGUGCACUUGAAAAUGAAAAUUGCCUUCUUGCUAUGUAUUGUUUAACAUGCAAUUGUUUUGUUUUUUCCCAACAUUCUUGGUUGAGUGUUGGUUGCUUAAAUUAAUUUUUUUUUUUUAAUAUGACACAAAAAUUGUAUUCAUCUUAAAUGUUAUAUUAUGUAUUAGUUCAUACAAUAGUUUAAAAAACUUUCUAUUUUUACUUGUGAGUUAUCCAAGAAAUACACUUUUGGUUACUGGUGACAACUGCAGUCAAAGGUGUAUUACUCUUUCAUCAAUGUGUAUUAAUGUUUUUCUUUCUUUUCUUUUUUUUUUAAAUCUGCAAUCGCACACAUUACUAAUUUUAAUAGAUAGGUGUUUUAAUUUCACCUGGAAUCA